AUGGCCCUCCUCGAGUACCGGGAUCGGGAAACAUGGUACGAACAUCUCCUCGUCAACGGCCAAGCCGGAGACAUAUGUGAAACCCUCCACACCCGCCCGAUAUCUUUGACCGUUGCGAUAUUGACAAUCUUAUGUCUCUACCUCCCUCGACUCAUAAAGCGAUACAAAGAAUAUCGUUUCAGCAACCGUGUCAUCCCAUUCCACUGGCCCAUUCCUAAGGAAGCAAACCCCAACUGGACAGGAAAAAUCAUUCCCCAUCCCAGCAUUUUCUCACAUGAGACGGAUAACACUUUAUUUCCACCUGAAACAGGUCAUACAGGUGAUAAACGGGACCACAUAACAUGUUUCGAUCCUUCCACUGCUUAUCAUCUGAUGACAUUACCUCUUUUGACGGAAGACCAAGUGGCCGAGCAAGUUCAAAAGGCUGUCAAGGCUCAGAUAAAUUGGAAAGAGACGAGUUUUGCGGAAAGAGUAAGACUGAUGAGGAGUUUGAAAGGUUGGAUUUUGAGAGAUAUGGAGGGUAUCGUCAGUGUUGCGUGUAGGGAUACAGGGAAGACGAGGAUCGAUGCCAUGUUAGGGGAGAUUCUGGUGACUUUGUCGAAAAUCGAUUGGAUGUUGAAGUACGGGCAACGGGUUCUUUCACCACAGAAACGUCCUACGAAUCUUCUCUUAGCUCACAAGGUGUGCAACGUUCACUACCAUCCCCUCGGCUGUGUCCUCGCAUGCGUCUCGUGGAACUAUUCUUUCCACAACUUGCUAUCACCAAUCCUUGCCGCUUUAUUCGCAGGAAACAGCAUCGUCGUCAAAUGUUCCGAACAAGUGGCAUGGAGUAGCAUGUGGUAUAUCGGUGGUAUCCGAGCUUGUCUUCGGGCAUGUGGGAUGGAUCAAGAGGUCGUUCAGUUGGUCGUAGCUUUGCCAGAUGUGGCGGAGAGAUUGACUCGUAAUCCGUCCAUCAAACAUAUCACCUUCAUUGGCAGUGAGUCAGUGGGGAGAAAGGUUGCUCAGGCAGCAGCGGAGAUCAUGGUACCUACAUGUAUCGAACUUGGUGGUAAAGAUCCAGCAUUCCUGCUUCCUUCUGCCGAUCUCGACUAUUUCGCUAGCACUUUACUCCGAGGGACUUUUCAGUCGGCAGGACAAAAUUGCAUCGGCAUCGAGCUCAUUCUUGUCCCUCGAAAUCUGCAACAACGUCUCGUGGAUAUUGUUCUCCCGCGUAUAGAAUCCCUACGUUUGGGACAAGACGUAGGCUCGCUCAUAUCUUCAAUUCCGGUCAAACGACUAGAGAAACUACUUUCCACAGCGUCUUCCUCCGGCGCCCGAAUUCUUACCGGAGGGAAAGCCGGCAUACACCCUCAACACCCACAUGGAGCAUACUUCCAACCCACCUUAGUGGUUGAUGUCCGGAUGGACAUGGAGAUAGCACAACAAGAGUUGUUCGCACCAGUGAUGACGGUCGUCCCUUAUGACAACAUCGACGAGGCUAUCGGAUGGUUGAAUGGGAAUCGAUAUGGUCUAGGUGCGGGGGUGUAUGGAUCAGGUCGUAAGGAAUGUCGACGGGUAGCAGAAGCUUUGGAAUGUGGGAUGGUAGCUAUCAACGAUUUUGCGGUCUUUUAUGUCAAUCAAGCAAUGCCAUUCGGAGGUGUCAAAGAUUCCGGUCAUGGUAGAUUUGGGGGUGAAGAAGGUCUUAGAAGUUUGUGUUAUACUAAAUCAGUGGUGGAAGAUAGGUUCUUCUCUUGGAUCCGGACGCCGAUACCUCGACCAGUAGAUUAUCCAUUACCGCCAAUAGAGAUAUCUUGGGGUUUCUUACAUGGUUUAAUGGAAAUGAUUUAUGCUCCUCAUUACUGGGGGAGGUUAAAGGGGUUGGGGGAGUUGUUGAGAGCGUCAAUGAGGAAGUUUGAGUAG